CCUUAUUAUAUUAUUUACCAAUUUGGUAAAGUAUUUAGACACAUCCCAAACUAUUUACAUAAAUCUCUUUCUUUUCAAUUUUCUCUCUCUUAAACAUUAUACAUCUCACAACAGGGUUUUCUCUUCCGUAUUCUACUCCUCCAUAUUCUCCCACUACACGCCCGAUAUAUCCUCCAUAUUUGAAUCCCCUUUUUUCACGGCAAAAUUCAAGUUAACUGUAUCUGGGGGUUACAAAUUUAAAAUCGUUCAAAGCAUCGAAACAACUCGACAACAAUGAAGAAAUUGAAGGAAGCGGCCAGUUCCAGAUUGAAGAAGUCAAAUUCAAUAGCAGUCAGUAAGAAGAAGUUUGACGAUUUCGGUCGACCACGUCUUCCGAAGGCUGCCAACUAUUUGAACAUCAAGAGCCUGCUAGAUUUCACCUGUCAGACUGUGGUUGAUAUGAUAAAAGGAAAGACUCCAGAGGAGAUUCGUAAGACCUUCAACAUCAAGAAUAACUUCACACCUGAAGAGGAGGAGGAGGUCAGGAGGGAGACUGCUUGGGCCAUUGAGUAAAGAAGUGCUCGUAUUCUGAUGCUAUAAACACUUUCUAUUAAUAGUAAAUAUGUUUUCAAUGGAUGUUUGCUUUUGGAACCUUUAGAUUUUGUUGUUCUUAACUUUUGC